CUUCUUAAUUGGGACUCGGCGCGCUCGGGUUGGGGUCCUCUCCCUGCAGCUUCAUGCAGGCAUCAGUGAAGACCUAAAACAGUGGAGUGAAGAAAAAGCCAAGAUAUGUUCAAAGCUGUGUUUGGAAACAAGAAGGAGGGAGGAGGGAAACGUGGAGAGAAAAAGAGCCAUAAACAUGCAGGCGGCGAGGCACGCCCCCCCGGCGCACCACAGAAGGGGGGCAGCCACCGGGUCGCCCACCUCCACGGCCGUAACGGCGGCCACGUGGGCACCCCGAGAAAACUGAAGCGGCUGACGAAGGGCGUGUCCAUUUCCUUACCCUCCUCCCCCCUCCUCCCCCACCAGGCCGACAUCGCUUCAUCCCAGUCGUGCGUCCGGUUCRCAGGACGGCUGAGGAAGCCGGAGGAUGUGGACCGGUGUUCCAGAGCGAGGGAGCCUCACGUCUUCGCCUCGCGCCGCGGCAGGACGGAGCCCAGAGACCUCCAUGUGGAGCCCCACCUCAGCUCCUCCCUGUCCUCCCAGGAACWGAUGACCAGACUAUGUUUCUUACUGGGAGAAGCAACAUCAAGCUCCGCUAGCUCUCCUAUGGAGGACCGCAGGGAAAAGAAGUGUGACACCUGCGCCCACGGGGGUAGUCCCAGCUCCACCCUGACCCGCAGCACCGCCUCUCCGUGCUCGGAGAGCCCCACGUCCACCCUGAGCGCCGGCGCCGGAGGACCGUCCCUACCCCAGUCCUUGCCCUUAUCCUCGCCUCGCUGCGGCUCCGCCUCCAGUCCCGGGGGAACCCUCUCCAGCCCGGCCCGCAGUCCUGCACGAAGCCCCGCCCACAGUUCUGCCCGCAGUCCGGCACGCAGCCCGGGCCCAUGUCCUACUUCUGGACUCACCCCKGCGAGCCCUGGACCUCCAGUUCAAAGCCCCAACUCAACCCUGGAGAGCAAAGACAGUGGGAUUAUAGCGACCAUCACCAGUUCCUCUGAGAACGAGGAGCGCAGCACGUCCAGCGAGGUUCUGACUAAGGACGACGGCCCGUGUGGCAGCUCCGGCCUCAUGGGCCUCGCAGUCGAGGACCGCCAUCCGGGGCUCGCCAGGGACAAUCUGUCGGCCCAACAAGCCGAGGCUUCGCACAAAACCGAGAUCAUAGAGCUCCGGACUCCGCCGGCACCGAAAAGACCGCUGCCCCAGCACCAUGGCCAUGGGAGCUCCGCCCUCGCCAUGCCCCGUCCAAAUUCAGUGGCAGCAACAAGCUCCACUCGGCUGGAGGAUCUGGGUUUUCUGGACCACCAGAGGYCCGCGGGGCACCGGGGCUCGGUCCGUAAACACAACACAGCUGGACGCACAAGUGAUGAAUCCAAAGGUCCGGUGAGGUUGGCGCCAAUAAAACCAGCUGACAUCAUGCUGAAACCGCUGCUGUUCGAAGUCCCCGGCGUCACGACCGAGACGCCGUUCGUGGGCCGGGAUUGGCUCUUCACGCGUCUGGAGGAGGUCCUGAGGAAAACCAGCAGCUGCGAGGGGCGCGGCGCCGUCAUCGUGGGCAAUGCCGGAUCCGGCAAGACCGCCAUCGUCUGGCGGCUGGUGGCACUCGGCUGCCAAGGCGCUCGCACGCCACACGGCGUUCCCAGCAUGCCUCACAGCCCCGGCUCCUCGCCGAAAUCUGGACAGAAGCYGGGAAAAGGAGUCUCCAAGCAGCCGGCUGAGGUCCAGUCUGACCAGAACUCUGCUGCAGGAACCAGUGAGAGUCCAGCUAUGAGGAAGGAGGCUGUCAGAGGCCUCGCUGCCAAGGUGGUGUCGUACCACUUCUGCCAGGCAGACAACACCUACACCUGUCUGGUUCCAGAGUUCGUGCACAGCGUCGCCGCCCUGCUGGCCAGAGCGCCUCAGCUGGCCGCAUACCGAGAGCUGCUGGUCCAAGAGCCUCACCUGCAGAACACGCUCAGCUUACGCUCCUGCGUUCAGGACCCCAUCGCCGCCUUCAGGAAGGGAGUCCUGGAGCCGCUCGCCGGACUGCGCAAAGAACGAAGGCUGCCCGAGGAAGACUACAUCAUCCUGGUUGACAGCCUCAAUGAAGCCGAGUUUCACAAGCCCGACUACGGCGACACCAUCGCCACCUUCAUCACCAAAAUCAUCUCCAAGUUCCCGGCGUGGCUGAAGCUGGUGGUCACGGUCAGGACAGGCCUGGUGGAAAUCACUACGCUCCUCCCCUUCUCCGGCAUCUCUCUGGACAUCCUSCCGGACAGCAGCGACCUGGGAGCCGACCUGAGCGACUACAUCCACCACCGGGUGAGCGGCAGCGGCCAGAUCGCCGCCAACGUCACCACGCCCACGGGCUCCGCCCCCGACCCGCUGCUCCUCAGCAAGUUCAGCAGCCACCUGUCGACCCGGAGCCACGGCUCCAUCCUCUACCUGCAGCUGACCCUGGAUCUGUUCCACAGAGGUCACCUGGCUCUGAAAGGAGGGAACUACCUGGUGGUGCCGGUCUCCCUGUCAGAGGUGUACCUGCUGAUGUGCCGYGCCAGCUUUCCUGAGAAGGAGGUCUUCGAGCGGGCUGUUCCGGUGCUAAAUGUGGCUCUGGCGUCUCUGCACCCGCUGACUGAUGAACAAAUGUUCAGGGCGCUGAACGCAGGCAGCGUGAAGGGGGAGCUGGAGUGGAACGACUUCCAGCAGAGUUUAGACAGUCUGGCUGGGUUCAUGGUUAGGCGCAGAGAUGGCACCCGGAUGCUGUGUCACCCCUCCUUCAGAGAGUGGCUGGUCUGGAGAGCCGACGGGGAGAGUACAGACUAUCUCUGUGACCCCAGGAGCGGCCACGCCCUGCUGGCCUUCAUGUUCUCCAGACAGGAAGGGAAGCUGAACCGGCAGCAGACCAUGGAACUGGGUCACCACAUCCUGAAGGCCCACAUCUUUAAGGGUCUGAGUAAGAAGACCGGCGUGUCCUCCAGCGUUCUUCAGGCCAUGUGGAUCAACUGCAGCACCGACAGUCUGUCCGUCGCUCUGGGCUCCCUGAGAAACCUGUACACACCUAACAUCAAGGUGAGUCGUUUGUUGAUGCUUGGUGGAGCGAGUGUGACCUGGUCCACAGAGGUGAUAGGCCACGCCCCCAUCCUGGCGGUCCACGCCCACCUGGGUCACCUGGAGAUGGUGGCUCUGCUGCUGGAAAUGUCGGCUCCUGUCGACGGGACCACCAGCAGCGGCAUGACACCCCUGAGUCUGGCGGCCGCUGCAGGACACACCGACAUCGUCAGCCUGCUGUGCAAGAAGGGAGCGAAGGUGGGUCACGCUGAUAAAAGUGGGCAGUGCGCGCUGGUCCACGCGGCGCUGAAGGGCCACACAGAGAUCAUCAACAUCCUGCUGGUCCAGGACUGGGGACCCGAGGUCCAGUCUGGUCCACCGCUGCACCACGAGACCGCCACCGGAAAAACACCGGCGGUUCAGCAGGCGGUCACGGCUGCAGCCAGCGUGGGACACGCACAGGUGGUGAAAAGCUUCCUGGAGCUGAAAGAUGAGCAGCUGGCGGUGCAGAUGGACGCUCACGACUCACUCUGGGGAGAAACGGUGCUGACGGCGGCGGCAGGAAGAGGGAGGCUGGAGGUGUGCGCGCUCCUCCUGGAGCAGGGGGCGGGGCUUGAGGUCCCGAACCGCAGAGGGAUGGUCCCGUUACUCAGCGCAGCCAAACACGGUCACACUCAGGUCGUGGAGCUGCUUCUGAAGAAAGGAGCAGACAUGAGCGGCACCGACAAACUGGGCCGCUCGGCGCUGAUGCUGGCCGCCUCCGAGGGCCACAGCGGCACCACGGAGCUCCUGCUGGCCAACGGAGCCUCCAUGUCCUCUGUGGACCAGGAGGGCCUGACGGCGCUCAGCUGGGCCUGCAUGAAGGGCCAGAAGGGCGUGGUCCAGGUUCUGGUGGAGGCGGGGGCGGACCUUAACCAACAGGACCGACAGGGACGGGCCCCGCUGGACCUCGCUGCUCUGAACGGAGACGCAGAUACGGUGCACAACCUGGUGGAGCACGGGGCGGUGCUGGAGCGAGCAGAGAACAACGGAAGCAGGGGUUCGGACCGGGCGGCCGGCUGCCAGAACCCGGCUCUGGUGGCUUCGCUUCUCAAGAAAGGAUCCAAACCCGGCUACAGAACGGCUCCGCACGACCGAUCAGGUCACGCCACGUGGGCCAUGGCGUCCUCCAAACCCGACAUCCUCCUCAUCCUGCUGCAGAAGCUGAUGGAGGAAGGCAACAUGCUCUACAAGAAAGGUCGUAUGAAGGAGGCGGGCCAGCGGUACCAGUACGCUCUGAGGAAGCUCCCUCGGGAGGUCCAAGGAGAGGAGCUGAAGGGUCUCAGGGACCUGCGGGUCUCCCUGUACCUGAACCUGUCCCGCUGCCGCAGGAAAACCAACGAUUUUGGCAUUGCAGAGGAGUUUGCAACAAAAGCCCUGGAGCUGAAGCCGCGGUCUUAUGAAGCGUUUUACGCCAGAGCCCGAGCCAAGAGGAGCAGCCGGCAGUUCGCCGCGGCGCUGGCAGACCUCCACGAGGCGGCUCGCCUCUCCCCGUCCAACCGGGAGAUCCGCCGCCUGCUGGUGCGAGUCGAGGAGGAAUGCAAGCAUCACCAGAAGAUGUGCGGCGGAGGGUCGACGCAGGUUCACGACAGGGACCCUCACUACAACCAACCUGCGGAGGAGGAGGCGGACGCGUUUUCACAGGGGAGCCUGGAGAGGCAGAUCCCGUUGGAGCCGGCGGACACAGAGGUGGAGGAAGGCGAGGAGGUGGGGCUGCCGUCUGGGAAAAGCCCCGACUUCUGGCCCCUGAAUCCCUACGCUCCUAACAGGACCCUCCCUGCAGCGCUGAGCUUCGGUUUGGGGGACCAGUCGCCGCUGCCUCCGGAGGAAUACGUUCCCAACCAGGUGUUUGGGGAUGAUCUGGUCCACGCCAUGAACAGGCAGAACCAGAGCAGCAGGACUCACAACUGUCACUCCCUGCAGUCAGGGAGCAGGGGCGGGGUCCGGCCCGUGUCCCUGUGCGGCCCCUCCAGCCCWCUGCCUGGAAGGCACAUGUCCCUGAGACCGGCUGCUGCGGCGGGCAUGGACACGGACCCUCGACACACGGACCCUCGACACAGCCCCACGGAGCAYUACUACCCCCUGUCCCCCAGCAGCUCGUCCCCGCCCGGACCCCUGCAGCUGUACCAGCCGCGCUCCUCCAGCUUCUCCAGACUCUCCUCCCACGCCCCGCCUCUGGAUAGCCUGGCUCUGGCUCUGGGGUCCGGGCUGGAGCUCCGGCGCGACGGCGGCGGGGGGACGGCGGGCUCGAGGGGCUCCAGCUCCAGCCAGGCCUCCAGCGGGAACCUGUCAGACGGGGGCAAGCAGCCGGGACCGGACGCCCCCUGCCCGCUAAAGAGCAGCGGCAGCUUCAAGGCCAAGCCCGACCUGAAGCCUCGGCCCUUCAUGGGCGUCAUGGACAAAGCGGUGCGGGUCCAGGGCCAGCAGACCUCGGGCCCGAGCCGACAGGGUCCGGCAGGAGCGGAGAGCUUCAGCAUGUCGGUCGUGGAGUUCCAGGGUCCGAAYGAGUUCAAACGAGCCUCGUUCCAGGAACAGAGCAGGGACUUCAGUUCCCAUCAGAGAGACACCAGGGGCUCCUCGUCCUCCCAGCUCCUCUUCCCUGAGGGCCGACACAGACAGGCGAGCCUGACCAGAGACAACCCGGCUCUGCACAUGGCUCCCAUCAAACCCAAACGCUCAUUCAUCGAGUCCAACGUGUGAGCGCAGCCGACCCGAGGCGAGGCCGCCUUCAACACCGUGUCCCACAGUGGUAGCAAGGGGGGUCCGACCCAAAACCCCUGAACCUGUUUGUAGAUUUCUGCUGCUGCACUGCAUUUACAAUCUAGAACCAGUCUUCAACUCAGGCUACCAUGCUUUUUGCUUACAUGUAUACAGCUGCAGUAGUGAGUUUACUGAAGUUAGAUAAGUAGGGAUUUAAAAAAAUUUAGUACAAACGACGACAACAUUGUGUAAAAAGUAAAUAAAAACAGRAUUUUGCAUCUCAUAAACCCAUAUUUUGUGGAACAUAGUAAACAUUUAAAAUGUUUAAGAAAUAGUACUAUUUAAAAUAAAAGUAAUGCAUUUUGUGUCUUAACGUCUUGCUGAAAUACGCAAAGCCUUUCCUGAAAAAGACGUUCGGAUUAGAGUAGAGGUUCAGAAUUUCUUUCUAAAACUAAACGCGUCAAAUGUUUAAGAAAUUGUACCAUAAAAAACGUUAUGCACUUUGUGGCUUAACGUCUUGCUGAAAUACGCAAAGCCUUUCCUGAAAAAGACGUUCGGAUUAGAGUAGAGGUUCAGAAUUUCUUUCUAAAACUAAACGCGUCAAAUGUUUAAGAAAUUGUACCAUAAAAAACGUUAUGCACUUUGUGGCUUAACACCUUGCUGAAAUAAGCAAAGUCUUGCCUGAAAAAAGACAUCUGGAUGAGAUUAGAUGUUUUGAAACCUGUAGAAUUUGUUUCUAAAAAAUGUGCGAAAUACUUAGGAAAUUGUACCAAUAAAAAAAACAAAAAUAAUCAACUGCAUACUGUGGCUAGGUGUUGUCUUGCUKAAAUAAGCAAAGCCUUGCCUGAAAAAGAUGGUCGGAUGAGAGUAGAGGUUCUACAAUCUGUAGAAUUUGUUUCUAAAACUAAAUGUGUCAAAUGUUUCAAAAAUUGUACCAUAAAAAAGUAAUGCACUUUGUGGCUUAACGUCUUGCUGAAAUAAGCAAAGCCUUGCCUGAAAAAAGACAUCUAGAUGAGAUUAGACAUUUUAAAACCUGUAGAAUUUGUUUUUAAAAUAUGUGUCAAAUAUUUUAAAAAAAGCAAUUGCAGUUUGUGGCUAGGUGUUGUCUUGCUGAAAUAAGCAAAGCCUUACCUGAGCAACAUGGAGUCUGGCUGAGAGCAGAUGUUCUACAACCUGUAGAAUUGGUUCCCAAAAAUUUAAGCAAUAUCUUCACUGUAACAUUUGAUGUUAACUAUGUUCCACUGUCAGUAAAUGGGUUUAUGCGAUUUUGAAAUUGUUGUAUUUUGUUUUUAUUGACAUUUUACGCGAYGACCCGACUUUUCCAGAACUGCGUUUGUAUUCUGUCUGAACAUUUAACUUAUUCUAUAAAACAUAAGACAGAAGCAGCUUUGCACACAAAUUUACAAAAACCUCAUGCUUUUAGCUGCAGGUUACGACCAUUUUUAUUGUCAACCGUCUUUUAAUAAACAUUUAUAUUUGUACGGUGGACACUAUAUUUGCAACAAUCACCUGUCAGCAUAACGGGGUUGAAAAAAAAACACUUUACGUACUUAUGAAUGGUACAUUUGAUAAAAAAGGCAUUGUAAAUGACUUUAAUGUAAAACUUCUAAUGUAACGUUAUUGCUUCGAUAUUCACAGUAUGUUAUUUAUUUUUGCAUAGCAGAGAAAAUAUUCUGACAAAGUGUUUAUGGAUUUUAUUGGAUCCAGAAUGUAGGAUUUAAGAAUUAUUACAUUUGCAUUAUGUUCAUAGUUGUCAUAUACCCUUUACAGACUUAUACUACAAUAAACAGAAUGUUACCACA